AUGCAGUCAGUACGAACACACAUACCGCCAACCAUCUUCGAGACCUUCCCAAGAGCCAUUUCCUCGACGUCCUCCCGCUCACUACCCACCUCUCCACCCCAAUCACAAACCCUUCGACAAUUCCGCUCCUCACCACAGACGCCUCAACAACAGCCACAGCAGCAACAACAAAAACCACCACAAGACCAAGAUGUCGGCGGCACAAGCGUCAUGUCAACCGCAACAUCCUUCUCAGAAUACAAAAUCUCAACCACAACCGUGCCCACCGCCCCAUCCGUCUCCCUCUCCGAUCCCCAAAAGAUAAUCACAGGCUCAAUCCUAGACCUCUUCACCGGCCGCCCAUCCCUUCGCAAACUCAGCCUCUGGACAGACGACGCAACCUACGUCGAUCCACUCACGACAGCUCAAGGCCGCAAACAAUUCGAACCACAGUUCUAUGGUCUACGGACUGCGUAUAGUAAUAUCGAGCGAUUGAACGGUCGGGUCACGUCUGGUGGGAACCCGAUAGAGUUGGAUUUGAAGACGCGGUAUACGGUCAAGGGUGUGGGGGCGUCACAAACAGUGGAUAGUAAAGUUAAGAUCUUUACGGAAGGAGAGGGUGAGAAGAUGAAGAUUAGGAGGGUGGAGGAUCGGUGGAAUGAUGAUUUGCCUGAUAGUCCGAUAAGGAAUGCAAUGAGGAAUUUUAAUAGUGUUGUUAAACCGACGGUGGUGAAUGUGCCGAAGAGCAUUGAGGAGGAGGAAGCCACAUCUUAA